AUGGCAGGUCCUGAGCAAGACACGCAGGAGCAGGUGUGGUCCGCAAUGGAGACCGCAGCAAGACGAGGCCAGCCAAUGUGUGCCAGCUGCCAGGGCAAGAAGAAGAAGACACUCCAAGUUCAACAGGGAGAGGAAGGCGGGAUUCUCGGAAGCCUAUGGAACCUUGGUGGCGCAUGGAAAUCAGGAUCACAGCAGGUCACGGACAACGUGUUAAAUGAGGAUAGCGAGUACGAGGAGGAUCAAGUCGAUGAAGUAACUGGCUUGGUCGGGGCACACUGCUACACGGUUUUGGCGGCAAUGGAGGUAGCUGCCGACAAGGGGAAAAGCUGGUUCCGCAAAGAGCGUUGGGCUCGAUUGAGGAACCCAUGGGGGAGCGGUCGAUGGAAGGGCCCUGCGCCCAAGAAGGGCAACCUGCCGUUCAGCUCAGCCGUCUUCGGUUGCGUGGGGGAGAAGGUUCGGCGAGGUGUCGAACGGAGCGGCGCCCAGGAGCAGCAGGAUGCUCCCGAAGGCCCGGUGACAGAAACUGACCCGGGAACCUUUUGGAUGCUUUUGGCUGACUUCAUAGAUGAGUUCGCCACCGUUUGCGUCUCCGAGUACCGUCCCGGCUAUAUCUCCAGCAUCUUGCCUGUCAAGCCCAUGCAAACGUUGAAAGGAGCACAAACGCAGGUUUCUGCCACUUUGCGGCUGCUCGCAUCCGCUGAACGCACACACCUGGGCGACGUGAAGCCCUUGCAUGUCGUGAUUUCCGUGUUGCAAGACUCGGAUGAGCUGUUCACCCGGAACAAGCGCAGAAAGUACUCAUCUGCUCGCAUCGAAGUGCUUGAGAUCACAUCGCCAUUGGAUUCCGCAUCUCCCACGUCUGCGUGUCCAACCCAGGGAAGCCGACAUGUUGCAUCAUCCGGCUUCGGUGCGCAGCGUGAAGUUCUACUUCCGGUCGAGCUGAAAGCAGGUACACACUACUUGGUGAUUGUCCACUGGCUGCAAGCCUCACCAGUGAGCAGCUGGAACCGCGAGGGCACAUUGCGAGUCUAUGCCCCGUGUCCCGCAAGGCUUGAGCACGGCCAGGGCCAGGCCGUAGCUCAGCGGGAGGCCUACGAAGCUGCCGCCAUGGGACCACGCGGUGCUUGCCUCAAGGAAGAACAAGGCGCCCAGCUGCGCUGCUGGAGCGACCGUGAGUCUGGGACGAUUGCUCUUUGCUUUGAUGCCUCAAGCGCCCCAGCCGGGCUGCUGGCAUCUCUGACGUGGAAGUUGCAGAAUGCCUUGCUUCAGCCCAACUUCCCAAGCUGUGAGGGAAGCAUUCCAGUGGCUGGCGAAGAGCAACAUACGCAGCUUGUGGACCUGAAGCCAGGACAGCGUCAGCUCACAGUCGUUUCGUGGCUUGAUCCUUCAAAGUCCUUCUCGGCAAACUACUCGUGGCAAGCAACAGCAGACCCAUGCUCAGAAUGUGGUGCUCCAGUCGGCACCAGAGUGCCUGGCCGCUUCUCCGGAGCUUUCAGAGUGCUUAGCCCGAGCGAUCCGGGAGGGCCAGCCACUCUACAUGAGGAGUGCUUCGAAAAGUUCAUGAUGCGAGUUGCGCCAAGAUGUUUGCAAUGUUCAGAAGCUAUCGUGCGCAUGCCUGGCCGAUUUGCAGGACAGUUCUUUGCUUACACCGAGAACCAGCUUGGCAAUCACGCAGCAGGCCAGGUCCACGCAGAGUGCCACGAGGAGUUUCAGAAGAAGUUUGCCAAGAUUUGCUUACAGUGCGGCCUGCCGGUGAUGCAGUUGGCCGGCCAGUUCAGUGGGAAGCAUUUCAAUUACAAGGAUGCACAUUUUGGGAAGCACGGCAACGGGCCUGUCCACGAGGAAUGCCACCUAGCCUUCCUGCAGAAGUGGGCGCCGGCAUGCUCGCGAUGCAAGGAGCCUCUUGUGGCGCUGCCGGGAAGGUUCAGUGGCAUAGUCUUCAAGCUCACAGGUGGAGAUGGCACCCUACAGGGAGUGGUGCAUGAGGAAUGCCAGGCUGCAUCCUAG